AUGGAGAUAAAAAACCCUGGAACUACAAGAUUUACCCAAGAUUUAGUAUGCACCAGUAAUGGCGAAUUUGGGCAGGAAAGUAGAUCUUACACUUGUGCUUUCUGCAAACGGGGCUUCUCGAAUGCACAGGCACUUGGUGGUCACAUGAAUGUCCACAGAAAGGAUAGAGCCAGGUUACAAGAAUCAAUCCAGGAGACUCUAAUUACGACAGAAACCACAAAGGGUAUGAAAUCCAUGAAUCAAGGCGAAGCGCUGUUGUCAAGCGAUGAGAAGAGUGACAGCGUACCUAAGAGGCCAUGGACUUUCACGGAACCAAAUAGUCCCGGAAGCUCCAGAAAGAAAGAUCACGCUGUUCAUUUGAAAAAAGCAGCACUGCAACUAUCUUUGUGUAUUGAGUCAUCGUCUACAAGUGAUUCUUGCCUCAGCUCAGAUAAAAUUUCUUCUUUAGCAUCAUCAUCAACAGAAGUGGACCUUGAGCUUCGGCUAGGGAUGGAAUCUGAAUCGACACCAAGAGACUGUUUUAUAAGAGACUAG